CCAUAAAGGCAUGGAGCCCCGGCUCUGGUUUCUGAUGUGGAAGUGGGACGCUUCAGGUUGCUAACUCGCCCGCUCAGCUGCAGCGUCGGGAUGGGGUUCCAGUCCAGCUCUCUCCUGCUUCUGUCUGCGCUGUCCAUGAUGGCGCUCCUUUGCGUAGCCCCCGUGCAGGGCAACGGGGCCCUGGCCCACAAGAAGGUCGAGAGGGGGUUCCCCAAAGACUGCAGCAACAUCCCCAGGGACAGCCCCAGCGGGGUCCAUGUCAUCCAGCCAGCAGGCUCUCCCCCUCGAAUGGUGUGGUGUGACAUGGACACCGAAGGCAAAGGCUGGACCGUUGUGCAGAGAAAUUCUUACAACACAGAGAUCACCUGGAAGGAGUCCUGGAGCACCUACAAGUACGGCUUUGGGAACGUGCAGCAGGAUUACUGGCUGGGCAACGAGUACCUGUCCCUGCUCACGCAGCAGAACAUCUACAAGGUCCGCUUUGUGGUGGAGGACAAAUCCAACAACACCCGCUACGCAGAGUACGACAUCUUCAGUGUCGAGGAUGAGCCCAGCGGGUACCCACUGAGGCUGGGCAGGUACUCUGGGGACAGCGAGGACUAUCUCACCACCUACCACUCCGGCCUGGGGGGCAUACACGACAACAUGAAGUUCAGCACGACUGACAAGGAUCAGGACCAGGCCAGUGGGAAUUGCGCAAGUAGCUAUGGAGGCUGGUGGUACGACAAGUGUCAGAACGUCCUGCUCAAUGGGAAAGGCUACAUCUACCGGGCAGGGUUCUGUAAGAGUGGGGAGUGCAAGUCUUCCCUCAUCCUGGGUAAGCCAACAGACGUGUGCUGGAUCCAGCAGGAGGAGCCCAUCCUCCUUGGGAGCCGGCGCCGCUGA